AGCCCGGGCGGCCCGGGCAGCGCGGGGCGGCGCGGAGCCCGCCCGGCCCUCAGGCGGAGCGGCGCGGAGCUCGGGGAGAAGCGCGGAGCUCAGGCCGCCAUGGGCAACGCGGGCAGCGUGGACGCGCAGCAGACGGAGCUGAGGGCGCACAGCGUCCCCCUGAAGCUGCCCAUGCCCGAGCCCGGAGAGCUGGAGGAGCGCUUCGCCGUGGUGCUGAAUGCCAUGAACCUGCCUCCCGACAAAGCCCGGCUGCUGCGGCAGUACGACAACGAGAAGAAGUGGGAGCUCAUCUGUGACCAGGAGAGAUUCCAAGUGAAGAAUCCUCCACACACUUAUAUCCAGAAGCUGAAGGGAUAUCUGGACCCAGCAGUGACCAGGAAGAAAUUCAGGAGACGAGUCCAGGAGUCGACUCAGGUGCUCCGAGAACUGGAAAUUUCCUUGAGGACAAACCACAUUGGGUGGGUCAGGGAGUUCCUGAAUGAGGAGAACAAAGGCCUGGAUGUCCUGGUGGAAUACCUGUCCUUUGCCCAGUAUGCAGUCACCUUUGACUUUGAGAGCCUGGAGAACAGCGUGGAGAGCUCCAUGGACAAGUCCAAGCCCUGGAGCCGCUCCAUCGAGGACCUGCACCGGGGCAGCAACCUGCCCUCUCCGGUGGGGAACAGCAUCUCCCGCUCCGGCCGCCACUCCACGCUCCGGUACAACACCUUGCCAAGCAGAAGAACCCUCAAGAAUUCCCGACUAGUGAGUAAAAAGGAUGAUGUGCACGUGUGCAUCAUGUGCCUGAGGGCCAUCAUGAACUACCAGUAUGGAUUCAACAUGGUCAUGUCCCAUCCUCACGCUGUCAAUGAGAUUGCACUGAGUUUAAACAACAAGAACCCCAGGACAAAAGCGCUGGUGCUGGAGCUGCUGGCGGCGGUGUGCCUCGUCCGGGGGGGCCACGAGAUCAUCCUGGCUGCGUUCGACAACUUCAAGGAGGUGUGUGGGGAGAAGCAGCGCUUUGAGAAGCUCAUGGAGCAUUUCAGGAAUGAAGACAACAACAUUGACUUCAUGGUGGCCUGCAUGCAGUUCAUCAACAUCGUGGUGCACUCCGUGGAGGACAUGAACUUCAGAGUGCACCUGCAGUAUGAGUUCACCAAGCUGGGCCUGGAUGAGUACCUGGAUAAGCUGAAGCACACAGAGAGUGACAAGCUGCAGGUGCAGAUCCAGGCUUACCUGGACAACGUGUUUGACGUGGGGGCUCUGCUGGAGGAUGCUGAGACCAAGAAUGCAGCCCUGGAGAGGGUGGAGGAGCUGGAAGAGAACCUUUCCCACUUAUCUGAAAAACUGCAGGACACAGAGAACGAAGCCAUGGCCAAAAUUGUGGAACUGGAAAAGCAACUGAUGCAAAGGAACAAAGAACUGGAUGUGAUCAGGGAGAUCUACAAGGAUGCCAACAGCCAGGUUCACACCCUGAGGAAGAUGGUGAAGGAGAAGGAGGAGGCCAUCCAGCGCCAGUCCACGCUGGAGAAGAAGAUCCACGAGCUGGAGAAGCAGGGAACCAUCAAGAUCCAGAAGAAAGGGGACGGGGACAUCUCCAUCCUGCCCGUGGCCCUGGGCUCUGGGGUGGUGCCAGCAGGGGCAGAGGCAGUGCCAGGCACCUGUGCCACACCUGGAGCUGCCUCCUCGGUGCCCCUGCCCCCGCCCCCACCGCCCCUGCCCGCCCUGCCAGGCUCACCUGAGGCAGGUGAGGAGGGGGGCCCCCCCCCCCCCCCCCCCCCCCCCCCCCCCCCCCCCCCCCCCCCCCCCCCCCCCCCCCCCCCCCCCCCCCCCCCCCCCCCCCCCCCCCCCCCCCCCCCCCCCCCCCCCCCACCACCACCGCCCUCAGCUCCCCCCCUGCCUGGCACAGCCUCACCCACCGUGGUCUUCAACUCUGGCCUGGCAGCUGUGAAGAUCAAGAAGCCCAUCAAGACCAAGUUCAGAAUGCCAGUGUUCAACUGGGUGGCGCUGAAACCCAACCAGAUCAACGGCACCGUCUUCAACGAGAUCGACGACGAGCGCAUCCUCGAGGAUCUAAACGUGGAUGAAUUCGAGGAAAUCUUCAAAACAAAAGCCCAGGGCCCAGCCAUGGAUCUGACUUCCAGCAAGCAGAAGAUCCCUCAGAAAGGAUCCAACAAAGUCACUCUGCUGGAUGCCAACAGAGCCAAGAAUUUGGCCAUCACCCUGCGGAAAGCCGGGAAGACGGCGGAUGAGAUCUGCAGAGCCAUCCACGUGUUUGACCUGAAGACGCUGCCGGUGGAUUUCGUGGAGUGCCUGAUGCGCUUCCUGCCCACGGAGAACGAGGUGAAGGUGCUGAGGCUGUACGAGAGGGAGAGGAAGCCCCUGGAGAACCUGUCGGACGAGGACAGGUUCAUGCUGCAGUUCAGCAAGAUCGAGAGGCUGAUGCAGAAAAUGACCAUCAUGGCCUUCAUCGGCAACUUCGCCGAGAGCAUCCAGAUGCUGACCCCGCAACUCCACGCCAUCAUCGCUGCCUCUGUGUCCAUAAAGUCAUCCCAAAAGCUGAAGAAAAUCCUGGAGAUCAUCCUGGCUCUUGGGAAUUACAUGAACAGCAGCAAACGAGGGGCUGUGUAUGGAUUUAAGCUGCAGAGUUUAGACCUGCUGCUGGAGACCAAGUCGACGGACCGGAAGCAGACGCUGCUGCACUACAUCUCCAACGUGGUGAAGGACAAGUACCAGCACGUGGCCCUGUUCUACAACGAGCUGCACUACGUGGAGAAGGCAGCAGCAGGUACAGCCCCCCCUGUGCCCCUGCAGGGUGGGCACUGCUGCACCCCUGAGCUCAGCAUUGCUCUGUCACUGGGUUAGAACACAGCUGUCUGCCAAGAAAGGCAGGAGCCUCUCUUGAAAUGGAGAAUAUCCCAUCCCUCCCUGGCUCCCCUGGAAUCUCUAACCCGUGGAUUUUCUCACAAACAGCAAGCAGAGGAAGAAAACGAGCUGAGGAAAAAGCAGGAGCAGGCCUUAAUGGAAAAGCUCAUGGAGCAAGAAGCGUUGAUGGAGCAGCAGGACCAAAAGUCCCCCUCGCACAGGAGCCGGCGGCAGCAGCAGGAGCUGCGGCGCCGCCAGGUCAAGGACAACCGGCACGUCUACGAGGGCAAGGACGGCGCCAUCGAGGACAUCAUCACAGAUCUGCGGAACCAGCCGUACCGCCGCGCCGACGCGCUGAGGAGGAGCGUGCGCCGCCGCUUCGAGGAGCAGGGGCUGCGGCCGGGCCCCGCCGAGCUGGGGCUGUGAGAGCCCCGGCCGGCUCCGGCCCCUCGUUCCCGGGACAUCGGGCCCCGGUCCCGGCGCCGCGCUCCCCACGCCAAGUGCCUGACAUGGAAGUUGCGCUCCCGCAGCCUUGGGGCCGGUGGGUUCCUCUCCAGCCCCGCGGGGUUUGUAACCAAAAUGUAAAAUAGUUCGGGAGGGAGGGGUUGGUCAGAGGAAGGGUCCUGUGGGCCGGACUGGUUGGAAACUGGGAAUACUGGGAAUCAAUACUGGGAUGCGCUUGGCUUUGAAUGCUGCGCCUCCAGCUGCAC